AUGCCAAAUCGAAUUCAUCGGCGUGUCGUCCUACGUGACUAUGGAAAAGCAAUUUACAAGGCAAGCACGCACUCGGCCCUGCUUGCCGCGCUAGAGAGUUGCAUUACAGGACAUCAGUCUUUGCAUGAGGCAGGAAUUCUUCACCGGGAUAUCUUAGUCAACAAUCUUAUGAUCAACGAGGACAAAAAGAACCCAUCAUGGCCGGCCUUCUUGAUUAAUCUUGAUCUAGUCAUAAGAGAGCAGCGAGAGGAUCUCUCGGGUGCAAAAGGAAAGACCGGCACGAGGGCCCUUAUGGCAAUUAGAUAA